GAAAAAAAUAACUGAAUGAGCAUACUAGCGGAUCAAGUAGGAGAAGGAAUCGAAGAGGGAUGCAUCCAUGAAGACAGAUCAGCUGAUGCUUCUUGACCUAUUAUCCUUCUCCUCGGCUUUUCUCAGAUGGAAUGGCAGAUCCUUCUAGCUAUGUCAAUCACGACCGUGACGUCGACCAAGCACUCAUUGCUUUGAAAAAAGGUUGUCAAUUACUUAAGUAUAGUCGGAAAGGGAGGCCUAAGUUUCGCUCUUUCAGGCUUUCACGGGAUGAAACAACAUUGCUUUGGCUCUCACACGGAGAAGAAAAAAGUUUGAAGUUAUCUACAGUUUCACGACUUCUCCCUGGACAAAGAACUGCUGUUUUUCGAAGAUAUUUACGUCCAGAAAAAGAUUACUUGUCAUUCUCUCUUAUAUAUCACAACGGAGAUAGAUCUCUUGAUCUGAUCUGCAAGGACAAAGCAGAGACAGAAGUUUGGUUUACAGGACUUAAGUCUUUAAUUAGAAAAAACCAUAACAAGCAAGCUAGAAGUGAGGUCCCUGAGAUACAUGACAGUGAUAUUUUCUCUACUGGUCGUCCUUCAACUGCAUCAUUAGAAUUUAUACCGAACAACAAUAAUCGCAGAGGAAGAACAUCCCUUGAUUUAGGACCCCGUAAUAACUCUCCGACUCCUUUCAGAGACUCAGAUGUCGCUCCGGAACGUAUAAGCAUGCUAAGACCAAGUACUGAUGGUUUUCGGAUUAGUAUCUCAAGCGCACCAAGUUGUUCUAGUGGAGGGUCCGGUGGUCCUGAUGACAUUGAGUCUUUAGGCGAUGUUUAUGUCUGGGGUGAAGUUUGGAGCGACGGGAUAUCAUCAUCAUACAACGGCACCAUGAACUCAAAAACCGUGAGAACAGAUGUACUGAUUCCAAGACCCUUAGAAUCAAACGUUGUUCUUGAUGUUCAUCAGAUUGCUUGCGGCAUAAGGCACAUCUCUCUUGUGACAAGACAAGGUGAAGUGUUUACAUGGGGAGAAGAAGCUGGAGGAAGGCUUGGACAUGGUAUUCAAGUCGAUGUUAGUCGUCCAAAACUCGUUGAGUUUCUUGCUUUGACCAACAUUGAUUUUGUUGCUUGUGGAGAGUAUCAUACUUGUGCUGUAUCUACCGCUGGAGACUUGUUUACUUGGGGAGAUGGAAUCCAUAACGUUGGUCUAUUAGGACAUGGUAGUGAUCUUAGUCACUGGAUACCAAAAAGAGUAUCUGGUCCUGUUGAAGGACUUCAGGUCUUGUCCGUCGCUUGUGGCACAUGGCACUCUGCGCUAGCAACUGCCAAUGGGAAGUUAUUCACUUUUGGUGAUGGAGCGUUUGGUGUUCUUGGACAUGGAGACAGAGAGAGUGUUUCAUAUCCUAAAGAGGUGAAGAUGUUGAGUAGCCUUAAAACCAUGAAAGUAGCUUGCGGCGUGUGGCAUACCGUGGCUAUAGUCGAGGUUAUCAAUCAGACCAGUACGAGUGUUUCAUCGAGAAAGUUGUUUACUUGGGGUGAUGGUGAUAAAAACAGGUUAGGACAUGGGAACAAAGAGACUUACUUGAUUCCAACUUGUGUCUCUUCACUAAUCGACUACAACUUCCAGCAAAUAGCUUGUGGUAAUACAUUGACAGUUGCACUCACUACCUCGGGACAUGUUUUCACUAUGGGAGGAACUUCACAUGGUCAGCUCGGUAGCUCGAAUUCAGAUGGUAAAUUGCCUUGUUUGGUUCAAGAUCGAUUGGUAGGUGAAUUCGUUGAGGAAAUUGCUAGUGGAGACCAUCAUGUUGCUGUGUUAACAUCUAGAAAUGAAGUCUUCACUUGGGGCAAAGGCUCUAAUGGAAGACUAGGACAUGGUGACACCGAAGAUCGAAAAACGCCAACAUUAGUUGAAGCUCUAAAAGAGAGGCAUGUGAAGAGCAUAUCAUGUGGCUCUAACUUUACAUCAAGCAUAUGCAUCCAUAAGUGGGUCUCAGGAGCUGAUCAAUCAGUUUGCUCUGGUUGUCGUCAACCAUUCGGUUUUACAAGAAAGAGACAUAACUGUUACAACUGCGGUUUAGUGCACUGUCAUGCUUGUAGUUCCAAGAAAGCUUUGAAGGCAGCACUAGCUCCAACUCCAGGGAAGCCACACCGUGUUUGUGAUGCUUGUUACGCUAAACUUAAAUCUGGCGGGGACAACUCUAAUGCUGCUAAUAGAUAUAACACAACUCCUAGCGCGGUAAGACCAGUCAGAGAAACAAGGUCGUCAAGGAUUAUAUUGACCCCAAAAACAGAACCAGUCAAGUACUCUGAAGUUAGGUCAUCAAGAUCUGAGUCUUCUAUUGUCAGAUCCUCACAAGUCCCAGCUCUUCAACAGCUUAAAGAUGUUGCAUUCCCGAGCUCCCUUAGCGCUAUUCAAAAUGCUUUUAAACCAAAUUCAACAUCAAGAAGAGGAGGAAGCCCUCCACGCAGUUCUGGAUUUUCUAGGAGCGUGGUUGAUAAUUUGAAGAAGACAAGUGGUAAAAUAAACCAAGAAAUGACAAAAUUGCAGAGCCAGGUUAGAAAACUGAAACAGAAAUGUGAUAGUCAAGGCAUAGAGAUUCAAAGAUUAAGGAAAACAGCAAGAGAAGCUUCUGAAUUAGCUAUAAGGCAUUCUUCAAAGCAUAAAGCAGCGACAGAGGUCAUGAAAUCUGUGGCUGAACAUUUGAGAGAGUUGAAGGAGAAACUACCCCCUGAAGUAUCUAAAUGUGAAGCUUUUGAAUCCAUGAAUUCUCAAGCUGAAGCCUAUCUAAACGCAAGCGAAGCAGCUGAAACAUCUCAAGACACAACCCUUUCUGAAAACUCACAAGACCAAAACAUAGAAGAACAUCCAUCAUCAUCUAAUGGAGGUGCCAUGAUGUCUCAAGAACCUUCAAACACAACAAAUAUAAAUCCUCACCCGUCGGAUUCAAGGCCACCAGCAGAAGCUUCAUCAUCACCAUCAAAAUCAGGAGGCAAGGAGCUUAUCGAACAAUUUGAACCUGGUGUUUAUGUUACUUAUGUAUUGCACAAAAAUGGUGGAAAGAUCUUUAGAAGAGUUAGAUUCAGUAAACGGAGAUUUGAUGAGCAUCAAGCAGAAGAAUGGUGGAAUAGCAAAAAAGAUAGGAUGCUUAAGAGUUAUAGUCAUCAGGUUUCAUCAUCAGGUCCUAUGGCUACCGAGUCAGUUCCUACACCAACUUCAGUUCAAGCGCCAUCUUCGCCGACACAGCCAAAUUCUGAUGAUCAAGAAGGGGGGUUAAAAAUAAGUUCUUGAAAGCUGGUUAUGUGUAUACUAGUAAUCGACUUAAUAGAUUGGAGAACAAGGCAUCAUUGGGUGUCACUACUGUAGAUCUGAGUAACCCAAAGUAGAUACAAA